UCAGCUCUCGUCGAGAACAGCAAAAUGGUCGUCCUCAAACCACAGUCCGACUUUGGCCAUGCGCCGCCGCCUCAGACCCCUUACAGCAUCAUCAGCAACCUGCCUGGAUGGGGCAUGCUUCGAAACUUCCGCGAUGGAGACAUGUCUCCCAUGGCCAAAGUCGUUCAUAUUUAUCCGCGCUUUGGUCCAACGCACUCCGCUGCCAUGCUCGGCCAAGAGGUUGCGAAGAGACUAGGUCAUGAGGGCAAGUCCUGCAUGGUGUAUCUCAAUCCUGUCAUGUGGCCUUAUACGGCGGGCCAUGUUCAGAACAAGGCUCGCGAAGAGGCGGUCAUUGAUCCAGAAAAGCUCACCUUCAAGUGUGUUGAUGUUGCUGGACAUCGUCUCUAUGCCGUCUUGUUUGAACCAGCCGACACCAAGGCGCUUUUGCUCAGCUGGGGAACUCCCGGGCUUGGACUUUCUAUUCGGAUGGCCGAGCACUUGAUGAAGGAUAUCGACACCUUGGUUGAAGUCUCGUUCGAUGACUACAAGAACCCUCCCAAGCCAACUUAUACACCUGUUGGCCCAGCUCAUCAACUGCUCCGCGAACGUAUCAACUACUUUGUUCACCGUGGUGCCAUCGAUCCAGAGCUCGUCAAGAGCAAACCUAGUGACGUCCUUCUCUUCCCUACCGGCAUGGCCGCCAUCUUCUACGCGACAAAUCUUAUCCAGGAGUACCGCCCCGGAACCAAUAUUGUCCUCGGCGUCGUCUUCCACAACACACACCAUCAUCUACACGAAGAGAGUCCCAAUGGAUUCAAGCACUUUGGCAAGGUUGAUAAGCAAGGUCUCGACGAAAUGGAGGCGUGGCUUGACGGGGAAGCGAGCCAAGGCAGAAAAGUAAGCUUCGUCAUUGUUGAAUUUCCGGGGAACCCAACGACGGAAAGCACAGAUCUGUCUCGCCUCAAGAAACUGUCUGAGAAACAUGGUUUCGUGCUGAUUGUUGAUGACACUCUGGCGGGGUUUGCCAAUGUCGACGUUUUGGCCGACUCCGACAUCCUCCUUACCUCUCUCACCAAGUCCUUCAACGGCAGAGCUGAUGCCCUCGGCGGCUCCAUUGUCCUCAACCCACUUUCUCCUCACUACAACGAGCUGUCUUCACGAUUUGCCAAGGCCUUCAACAAUGAGUUCUUCACUGCCGACGCAGAGACGAUACUCCUCAACUCGGCCGAUUAUCUCCAACGCACGCGCCGUCUGAAUAGGAACGCGGAGGCCAUGGCAACCUUCCUGCACCGAACAAUCGGCCGCGAUGAUUCUCCCGUGGCCAAGGUCCAGUACCCUAGUCUGCUGCCCGACAAGUCCAACUAUGACCGCUACUUGAGGCGUAGCACCACGGAACUCCCCAACCCGGGAUACGGCUGCCUGUUGAAUGUCGAGUUUGAGAGCGUAGCAGCCGCCGAAGCGUUCUACGACCGAUGCGGCUUCUACUCCAGCCCACAUCUGGGUGGCCACGUCACCAUCAUGCUGGCGUAUAACAUGAUGAUGUUUGGAAAGAAGAAGGAGGAGAGGGAGGAGUUCAGAAAGUAUGGCGCCAUUGAGGAGAGCAUCAGGCUUUCUGCCGGUUUGGAAGAGGUGGAGGACCUGAUCGACACGCUCAAGGUUGCGCUAGAUGCAGCGACUGAGGCCAAGAAGAAGGCAGCCCCGAAUGGAACCCAAUGA